AGUGGAUCUCCUGGAGGUGGUGUACAAAAUAAGAUUGUUUUUGCCUUCUACAACCAGAUGAAAUUUCUUGAUGACACAAUAGAAAAACCGUGCACAGUCACUAGUUUAUCAGCAGAUGUAGAUGAAUGUUCAAUGCAACCGAAAACUAAUACUACUCAAACGAUUCCGACACCUCAAACAUCAGAUUCUAUCUCGUCGGAUAGCUGGGUUAAUAUAUCUGAUAAGUCAAAUGAUGAUACUUUUUCAUGUAAGACACAAUCAUCAAAGAAAAGAAAAAAGAAAGAACACGAUGAUAGCUCAGACAUUGAAAUAACAAAGGCAAUCUUGUCCAGUAUUCAAGAAUCAAAAAAUACGCCUGAUGCUGUUGACGGGUUUUUCCUCCAAAUAGGAAAUAGAUUACGGGCACUGCCACAACGAGAAAGGAUAAAAUUUGAAAUAAAAAUACUAACUGAUCUUUAUGAAUUGGAAAAUUCAUUACAUUAA